AUGCCGACCCACGAGAGAUUCCCAUUGAAAAUUAUGAUUGAUGCUGAGGAGGGAGAAGAUGAUUCUGAGUCAAGGAAAAAGAUUAGCGAUGCGAAUAGUCAUCACAGUCACCAUAGCCAUGUACGGUUUAUUCGACCAGUUGUCCCGAAAAACCCUGACAAUCAUUGGACCCACGAAAAGCAUCCAAAGGAAUAUUUGGGCAAGUUAGUGACAGCUUUUUAUUGUCUCUUCAUCGUGAUUAUGGGCAUUGUGAUGGAGCUCUCAAACUUGAUAACAGUUGGCUAUGGCUACCCACCAAAUUCUACAGAUUUGGUACUAGCAUUGUUUCUUUAUGGUGGCUCGAUUCUAUUUAUCGGUUAUGCAUUGCUUUCAGUGCUUAAAGAGCAUAUCAGUGUACAUCAAAGGAGAAAAAGCCUGUCUAGUGUUCCUGGCCGAAUUCCGAUGCCUGAAGUUCUCACAAAUGUCUCAACGGGUAGCAUGUAUCUUAGAAUUGGAUGUAUAGUCUUUGGAAUCAUCGGAGUAGUUUAUUAUGGAAUGGUGACACUUGUUUGUGCCCUUGGAUGGGAUCAUGGAUCGUCUCAAGAAUGCUCAAUCUAUUCUGAAAUCAUCUCAAUUCUAGCUGCUGUCUUUAUUUUUGUUCAAAUGUGGUUUGUCUUCUGUAAUGGAAAGAUCACGUUUCUCGGUGCUCCAAAUGUGGCUCGUUUAGGAUUAAUGCAUUUGGUGGCGACAAAUCUUUGGAUGUGGCUUCGUUACAUUCUUUAUGAAGAAGCUGAAACAGUCAACGAGCUGCAACAUGCUUCUAAGCUCUCGACAACUUUAAGACCAACUUUAAAUGUUUUACCAACAUUGCCAACAAUUCCGCAUCAUCAGAUUUAUGAUCAUGCUGCCGAUGUUCAUCUUCAUAACCCAAAACAUUCUUGCGAGGGAUCACAUUGUGUUUUCGGUGAAUACAGCGAGUUUAUGUACACUUGUGUGGUCGAAUAUUCUCUAAUCUGUGUUGGUGUGGCGUUCGUUUUUUGGACUUCAAUCUCUUCAAAGAAAGACGAGAUAAUGCAAAAGCUGAAGAAGCAUAGUGUGGUGACAAUGGAUUGUUCAAGAAGUGCUGAAGGUCUCUUUGGUGGUUUUCUUGUUAUAAUCACGUCGAUUAUCUCAAUCGCUCUUUUCAAUGCUUAUUCUUCACGAAAAGAAUUGGCUCAAUGGAUUUUCUUGGGAACUAAUGCUACUUAUUUUAUUAUGGCAAUAGCUGUCACUUUUUUAGCAUUUCAUAGAAUGAGGGUAUUGAAAUUCAAUGAAGAAAAAGAAUGUGAAGCUGAAGAAAGUGCUGAAUUGCUAGAUCAAAUCCUUCUCGUUGUUGGACUAAUUGGAGAAUUGGUUUAUUGCAUUGGUGGAAUUUUGGCUUUUGCGAACAACUCCAAUAGAAUCAAUCUCUCGUAUAUGCUGUUUGGAGUGCAUGUAUUAAGGCUUGUUCAGGUGUCUCUGCAAUCCGGCUUAAUCAUGAUCGGCGGCCGAUUAGCUCUUCGACUCGAUGAUGAGGAAAUUGUUCGAUACAAACCUGGGAAACAGAUUGUAACACUCAUGCUAAUGGUGAACUGUGCUCUAUUUUUGAUGAACAUUUUUGAAGCUCAGAAGGCUGGAAUCACUGAGGAAAUCGUGGCUCUUUACGGUCAUCCACAAUGGGCAUUAUUGAUCAGAGGGACAAGCCCGCUCACUAUUUUCUACAGAUUCCAUUCUUCUGCUUGUUUCGCAGAAAUCUGGAAGAAAACUUUUAAAAGAUGUGAACACGUUCAAAGAAACUUCAAAGAAUGUACA